AUGCCAAAGCGCCCGCCAGCCACGACCGCGACGUGCUCGCCGAAGAAAGGGAAGACCGCCGUCGUCAACCCGCUUCGCGAUGAGGACAAACUGAAGUUCGCGAUGAAGUCGGCGGCGGAACACUUUUGGCAACGGAAGGAGCCUUUCACGUGCGUGCAGUGGGGCCAGCAGGUCUACGCGGAACUUGGCUACCAUGAUUUUGCCGUCAACGACGCAGGGUCGCGCAUCAAGCUGAAUGGCAAAUUGAGGGAAGAAGCAUUCGACAGCGCGGGCUCCGAAGCAGCCAAGUGGCUCAGACGCAACCGCGUCAAGCGCGAUGCAGACAAGAUCGGCGCGCUGCCGGCGCUUCCAGGGCCGGUGCCGCAGAGCGCAGAGGUACCGGUGCCCACGCAGCAGGCUCUGCAGGCGCAGGCGCAGGCGCAGCUGGAGGCAGUCGACGUCAGCGCUCUGUACGAGAGCGGCGCGCUGCUGAUCCCGAAGCUGCUCACGCAGCAGCAGGCGCGCGAGUGCCUGGGUGCGCUGAGCAACGAAGAGGCGUUAGAGAAGCGCGAGACUCACCUGCGCCGGUCCACCGGCAAUGGCGCGGCGGGGUCGUACUUCACGAUUCGCCAGGGCCAGGAGCCGCCGGCGCUGCAGGCGAUCAUCGAGGCGCUUCGCGACUGGCCAGCCCUGGAGCCGUCGCCGACACCGGCGCAGCGCGACUCGCUGCUGCUGCGCUACGGAUGUGGUGGAAUCAACUUUGCCCACCAGGACCAGGGCGACUUUGCGUGGCAGGCCGUGCUGCUUCUCAACCCGCCCUCCGAAUUCGAGGGCGGCGCGCUCUAUGUCACGGACGUCAACGAGUCUCCGCUGUCGCGGCGGGAGGUGCCCUUUGAAUGCGAGGGCGACGUGAUCGUCUUCGCUGCCAACAGCACGGCGCCGCUGAAGAAGAAGGGCCGCAACAUGUACCACGGAAUGACGGAGGUGACGCGCGGACAGCGCUUCGCCAUCGGGAUGUUUCAGGGGGCAGGGUAG